AGGCGGCUGCCGAAGAUGGCGGAGGUGCAGGUCCUGGUGCUCGAUGAUCGAGGCCAUCUCCUGGGCCGCCUGGCGGCCAUCCUUGCUAAACAGGUACUGCUGGGCCGGAAGGUGGUGGUCGUACGCUGCGAAGGCAUCAACAUUUCUGGCAAUUUCUACAGAAACAAGUUGAAGUACCUGGCUUUCCUUCGCAAGCGGAUGAACACCAACCCUUCCCGAGGACCCUACCACUUCCGGGCCCCCAGCCGCAUCUUCUGGCGGACCAUGCCAGGCAUGCUGCCUCACAAGACCAAGCGAGGCCAGGCUGCCCUGUACCGCCUCAAGGUGUUUGACGGCAUCCCACCGCCCUAUGACAAGAAAAAGCGGAUGGUGGUUCCUGCUGCCCUCAAGGUCAUGCGUCUGAAGUCUACAAGAAAGUUUGCCUAUCUGGGGCGCCUGGCUCACGAG